AUGAUUUCCACAUCCAUUCGUGCAUUGAGAGCACAGAGAUUGACUAUUCAAGCUGUAGCAAGGAGAAGCUAUGCUGUUUCAUCAAAAGCGCAAGCUUUGUUGUCAAAGCCGGUGCAGGAAGUCGAUCCUGAAAUGGCCGACAUUUUGAACCAGGAGAAAGUCAGACAAAAGAACUCCAUUACUUUAAUUCCUUCAGAAAACUUCACCUCAAAGGCUGUAAUGGACUUGUUGGGAUCUGAAAUGCAAAACAAGUACUCCGAGGGUUACCCCGGAGAAAGAUAUUACGGAGGUAACGAAAUCAUAGACAAGGCAGAAUCUUUAUGUCAAAAGAGAGCAUUGGAAGCAUUCAAUUUGAACCCAGAAGAGUGGGGAGUCAAUGUACAACCAUUGUCUGGUGCACCAGCCAACUUGUAUGCAUACUCAGCAAUUUUGGAUGUUGGUGAUAGGAUCAUGGGAUUGGACUUGCCCCAUGGAGGACACUUGUCUCACGGAUACCAAACCAACACUACAAAAAUUUCGUUUGUCUCGAAGUAUUUCCAAACUAUGCCAUAUAGGUUAGACGUGGAGACUGGGGUCAUUGACUACGAUACGUUGGAGAAGAACGCCGAGCUCUUUAGACCAAAAGUCAUUGUAGCUGGAGCAUCAGCUUAUUCGAGAGUUAUUGACUACAAGAGAAUGAAGCAAAUUGCCGACAAAGUUGGUGCUUACUUGUUGUCCGACAUGGCCCACAUAUCUGGUCUUGUCUCUGCUGGUGUUACUGAUUCACCAUUCCCAUAUUCAGAUAUUGUGACAACCACCACCCACAAAUCCUUGAGAGGUCCUAGAGGAUCGAUGAUCUUUUUCAGAAAAGGUAUUAGAAAGGUGACGAAAAAAGGUAAGGAAAUUCCAUACGAUUUGGAAAGAAAGAUUAACUUUUCUGUAUUCCCAGGCCAUCAAGGUGGUCCACACAAUCAUACCAUUUCCGCUUUGGCCGUUGCAUUGAAACAGUGUGCUGAGCCAGAGUACAAGCAGUACCAACAGGAAGUUGUUGAUAACGCCAAGCACUUUGCUGAAGCAUUGGAGUCGAAAGGAUUCCAAUUAGUUUCAGGUGGCACUGACACGCAUUUGAUCUUGCUCAAUUUGAACUCAAAGAACAUUGAUGGCGCUAGACUUGAAGCGGUCUUGGAGAGAGCUAAUAUAGCAGCAAACAAAAACACCAUUCCCGGCGACAAGAGUGCUCUUUUCCCAUCAGGAUUGAGAGUUGGUACUCCAGCAAUGACUACUAGAGGAUUUGGAUUUGACGAAUUCUCAAAAGUUGCCGAUUUCGUUGAACAGGCGGUGGCUAUUGCCGUUGAUUUGAAGAGCAAAGAGCAAGGAAAGGUACCUAAAGAGUUGUUGGCUAGCUUCAAAUAUUUAGCAGAUGAAAGCGAGGAAGUCAAAAAGUUGGGUGAUGAAGUGGCCAAAUGGGCUAGUCAAUACCCAGUGCCAGGAGAUUUAUAG